AUGGUGUUGCUUAGCAUAAGCAACUUUGCCCUACUUGGGUUGGCAUAUGUCUUGUUUAAGAUCGUAUACCAAAUAGUAUACUACCGCUUUUUGAGUCCGUUGGCUCAGUUCCCUGGGCCGUUCUGGGGGAGCGUCACGAGACUGUGGAUCGCAUAUCACAACGUGAAAGCUGACGAGCCUGAGGCUGUGCGAGAGUUGCACCAGAAACAUGGACCGAUCAUUCGCAUCACGCCCACGAUGCUCAUCGUGAGCGACGCGACCAAGCUGCCCGAGAUCUACAGCCGCAAUGCGAACAAAUCGAAGCACUACAUCACGGGCAGCUUUGGCGACACCGAGUCGUUGUUCAACAUGCAGGACCACAAGGUCCACGCCCACUUCCGAAAGAUCGCGGCGAGCCCUUAUGCUUUCUCGAACAUCAAGAAGAUGGAGCCGCUCAUCGACGCCAACAUCGAAAAGUGGAUUGGCAAGCUUGAAACUCUAUUUGCAAAGGACGGGAAGCCGUUCGACUUCUCGCCAUGGGCUGUGUACAUGGCGUAUGAUAUCAUUUCCGAGGUCGGAUUCGGUGCGCCGUUUGGAUUCAUCGAGCAAGCGAAGGACGUCGAGGGUCUUAUACAGGGCUUCCACGAUGGACUAGUGCCUUUCGGUCUUAUGGCUCGAUUGUAUCCUUUCACCAACUGGGUCAAGGGCACUUUUCUGGGUAAACAUCUGGUCGCUUCUCCUGAGCAGGAAUCUGGUAUCGGCACGUUGAUGCGCUUUCGUGAUAGGCUCAUUAAGCAGCGUUACGAGGACAUCGAAGCCGGUAAGAAUGAUGGCCGAAUCGAUCUGCUUCAAGUGUUCAUCGAAGCCCGAGACGACAAUGGGGAGCCGUUAGACCUCGAAUACAUCAAAGCUGAGAUUCUGCUGGUACUCCUGGCAGGAGCAGACACGACCGGUACAGCAUUUCAAGCGUUCAUGAAACAAGUCAUGUCUCGGCCCGACGUUUAUGAGAGGAUGAUGGCCGAGAUCGACAGCGCGACGCGAGCGAAGAAGCUCUCCCCUAUGCCGCAAUACGACGAAGUCCUGGAACAUUGCCCUUACUACAUCGCAUGUGUCCGCGAAGCGAUGCGACUGAACCCCUCCGCCCCCAACAUAUUCCCGCGCCUGGCACCCAAGGGCGGCCUGGAGCUCUUCGGCAAGUUCGUGCCUGAGGGUACUGAACUUACAUGCAACCCGUGGAUCGUGCACCGGGACACCAACAUCUAUGGUGCUGACGCGGACGAGUACAAGCCUGAGCGCUGGCUGGACGUAGAGCGGGCCAAGCUCUAUAACAAGUACUCGAUGGCGUUUGGCUAUGGUGCGCGGGCUUGUCUGGGCAAGGACAUUGCGAGUAUGGAGCUGUACAAGGGACCUUUGCAGUUUUUCCGUACUUUUAGGCCAAACAUGGUCAAGCCAGGAACAUAUGUGUACAAGGGCGGAAUCUCAUAUUUUGAGAACAUGGAGAUCUCCAUCGAGCGGAGAGCAGCAGUCAUAUAG